AUGAAGCCCUUUGAGCAUCUUCAGAUACUUGGGAAUGCAGACAUCUAUGAGAAGAUCUCCGUGGUUUUGAAAGGACUGGAGCCUUGGUUACAGGGUAAUGCGAAAGCUGCCGAUGCUGACGAGAAUGGGAUCAUUCAAAUUUGGACAGAUCAAAUUGAUCAGGCUACACUGGCGAUCCGUCGAUUGAUAUAUGAGGGCUGUGCCCAGUAUGCGCUGAUCAAAACGACCCGUCCAGCUGGGACGCCUCAGAACCUACCAUUUGCCAUUUACACUGCGCUUAAAGUUGGAGAUGCUCCUGCAGUUGACGAAGUGGUUCUGAGUCCGGCGCAAUCGAUCUGGAUCGAGAAACCGGCCCGACUCGGUGGAGGUAUGACCUUCUUGGUUGUCCAGCCAAUUUAUCCAACCCGGAUACUACUUGCGGGCCAGAUUCCGACCAAUAAGACAAGACUGGAGUCCGAUGAAGCAGCGCAUGACCUGGCCUGGGAAUGCAAGAUUGCCUCGGUCCGAUUCCUGCUCAAAGCCUUCGAGAUGGUGCGGGAUGUUUUGAAGAAGAUUUCUUAA